AUGUCUUCUUUCUCACUUGAAAAGAGUUUCAAAUUGGAAGCACCAACAUUGGGAAAUACAUUCCUUGAAGAUCAAGCCUUGUUGGAAAUUCUCGAUCGUUACAUAUUUUCUCUGGAUAAGAAGAAUAACACAAUCCGAGAUGAUAUUAUGAAGGAUUUGACUGCUUUUGGUGAUAAAGUUUCAUCAACUAUUUGGAAAUGGUCUGAUUUGGCUGAGAGAAAUGAACCAAAAUUAAUUCAUUAUGAUGCUUGGCAUAACAGAGUUGACAGAAUUGAGAUGCAUUCUUCUUGGAAGGAAUUGUAUGAUACUAGUGCAAGAGAAGGACUUAUUGCUUUGGGAUACGAGCGUGACAGGUUUCGUCAAUUUGCUAGAGUUUAUCAAUUUGCCAAAUUGUAUUUGUAUGAUCCAAGUUGUGCUGUUCAGACUUGUCCUCUUUCUAUGGGUGAUGGAGCUUCUAAAUUAUUGGAAACUAAGAGAGAACAAUUAAUGAUUGAGUGUAGACAACAUUUAACAUCAAGAGAUCCUGAACAAUUCUGGACUAGUAAUCAGUGGAUGACAGAAAAGAGUGGUGGAUCUGAUGUUUCUGGAUGUGAAACUAUUGCCACUCAAGUUAAAGAUUUCGAUUAUCUUCUCAAUGGUUUCAAGUGGUUUGGUAGUUCUGACUCUGCAAUGGCUCUUUUGCUUGCUAAAAUCAAAGAUGAAAAGACUGGAAAAGUUGAUGAUAAGGUUUCUCUAUUCCUCUUAAAGACCAAAGAUGAAACUGGACAAAAUUGGAAUGGCCUCUUGUUCCACAAAUUCAAGAACAAGUUGGGAACCAAGGCCAUGCCAACAUCUGAAAUUGAACUCAAAAAUGCAAAGGCCACUCUUAUCAGUCCUCGUGGACAAGGUGUUAAAUUCAUUGCAACCAUGAUUAAUGUAACUAGAAUUUACAACUCAAUUUGUGCUGUUGCCAAAAUGAGAAGAGCUGUAAAUAUUGCUCAAGAUUUUGCAUCAAAAAGAAUUGUAAAUAAGGGACAAAUCUUGGCACACAAUACUCUCCAUUUGAGAUGGCUCUCAAAGAUGGUAGCAGAAACUACUGGUAGUUUGCAUUUUGUUAUGGAUUGUGUCAGAAUACUUGGUAAGGAGGAAUGUGGAAUUGCCAAUCAAAAUGAAAGGCAAAUUCUCAGAUUGUGUAUUCCAAUCAUUAAAUUGUACACUGGUAAGAAAUCUCUCCAAGUUGUGAGUGAAGGAUUGGAAAUGUUGGGAGGUGUUGGCUAUACUGAAGACUCUGGAAUGCCUCGUUUAUUAAGAGAUGCUCAAGUUUUGAGUAUUUGGGAAGGAACAACAAAUAUUCUCUCAUUGGAUGUAUUGAGAGUUUUGUUACAUCCUGAAUCUGGUCAAGAUACUUUGAAGAGUUGGGUUGACCGUGCUGUUAGUGUUGCUAAUUCACCUUCAUCUUCCAAUGUAUCUCACAUUUCAAAGGGAAUUACCAAGGCAGUUCACGAUGUUGUCGACUAUCUCAAAACCAACCAAAAGAAUCAAGCUGUAUUGACAACCUUUGCAAGAGAUUUGGCCUUCACAAUUGCUCACAUUCAAGUUGCCGUUCUCCUUUUGGAACAUUGCAUGUCAAAGAAUUCAAACAGAAAUGUUUCAAUUCUCAAGAUUUUCGUUGAAGAUCACCCACUCAAUCUUCUCCCUUCGAAGGAAAAGAUUGAACUCAUCAAGCAAAUCAAUGCCACUGAUUAUCUCAUUGGUAACGAAAGUGAUGGUUACAAAACUCCAGCAGAAAAGAGAAGUAAAUUAUAA